AUGACAGCACCACCGGGCCAGUUUCUUGCAGGAAAGAGGAUCAUUGUGGCUGGCGCGGGAUUCGCGGGCUUAGCAUUUGUACUUGCCCUCGACCAGCUAUGGCAAAGCUCGACUCUCGACCGUCCGGAAGUGCUGCUGUACGAAGAGAACGGGCGCGACGAGUCCAUACAAAAUGACCCCUAUACUCUGUGCAUCAACGGAGCAAGCAGGGAUGAUGGACUGGUGGCCAUUCAACAGUUGGGCUUAUUAGACGCAAUUCGCGAGCAUUCGACCCUCAAUGGCGGCGACAUCAGGGUGUGGUCUGACAAUUGGAAAUGGCUGUCGUCUAUCAAUCCGACUGCAUAUGGCAACCUCCCAGCAGCAACCAUGCGCAUCACCCGUCAGAACCUCAAGCGCAUCCUGGUGGAGAAGGUUGAGCACACACGGACCAUCAUAAGAUGGGGCUCGGCCUGUACGUCGGCCGAGCAUCUUCCGAGCGGCAAGAUUCGCGUCUCCCUUUCCGAAGAUGUUGGAAGCUCAAACAGUUCUACGCUAGAGUGCGAUCUCCUUGUGGCGGCUGAUGGCGCCAACAGUCGCAUCCGAGCCUGCUUUCGACCUAACGACAUGACAACUCACUACGCUGGCGCCACACAGGUUGGUGGCAUCUCGCAUUUUCCGGAGUCGCUCCCCCGACCCAUUGAUCAGGACUUCAGUCUCCAGAUGUCGUCGGGCGAAGGGGUAUGUUGUAUCUACCACCCAUUCGACAGCAAGACGAUCGACUGGGCAUUAAGCACGAGAGGACCCGAGCGUGAGGCGAAAACCAACCUCAGUGUCGAGGAAUUCAAGGAAUUGAAGCAGGAAGCCCUGCAGACCGCCUCGAUGUUCCAGGAACCCUUCAAAUCGGUCGUGGAGGCAACAAUCCCCAGCACCGCAUUCAUCCGGCCUGCCAAGGAGAAACCUGCGUUCCAGCACGAUUAUCGCCUAAAUGGUGUGAUGUUCAUCGGUGACGCCAACCAUAUCCUUAGUCCCUUCGAAUUCCUGGGCGCAAAUCUGGCACUCAAGGACGGUUGGGACCUAGCGGAACAGAUCUGUAGUAAUAUUUCCCUCGAUACGGCGGCUGCCUGUUACGACAGGCUGAGCAUCCCGCGAUUCCAGCAUGUCUUCAACUUUUCGCAUGAGCGGAUUAACUUUGGGCACUGCACAGGGAGCAAGUGGAUGUUUUACAAGUAUGGCAUGGCUGCUCAGCGGGCGCUGAAAAAGGUUCAUUGA